AGACGAAGAAGCGUUACAGUCAGGAAACGUUAACACCGGUUCAGUUGUCUGGGAAACCCGCCAUGUAUGAACUCUCCGAAUUUUGAGUGCUGUUUUAUUUCACGGCUGUCCCUGGGUAGUUUUAGCUUUUUGAGACAGAGAGGAGGAAGGCGCUCGCAAACAAGUCGCUGAAGUGGAUGAAUGUUGAGCGGGGUUGAAUCCUGUAACGUUGCUGAGGUGAACGGUGGCUUUAUCGAGAAUGACCCAACAAGCUGCAGCUCUGCAGACCUACAACAAUGAACUUGUUAAGUGUAAGUUUCAAGCUUUUAUUCUUACUUUGAAGCUACUGUGAUACUGUUCGUAAAUGUAUUCCAUGUAAAGACAGUUUAAGGUGAACGUACUCUGAAUUAAUCCAGUUAUUCUCCUUCUACCUGCUGUUUGACAAAUGGGAUGGUGCAGGUCAAUCUGAUUAUCCUGCUCAGAUUAUGUUGUCUCUAUCACCUCCAAAUCAGCCUUCAACCCUGUACAGUUCACAUCAGGUCAACUAAAGGUCCAACUACUAUUUCUGUGUAAUAUCAAGAGGUUAUCUAUUCUGCAACGUAGGGGAGAGUGGGGUAAGUUGAGCCACCCUCUGUUGCUUGGAAAUGGUAAAAGAAAUUGAUAAUGUGACCAAAUAUUUAGGAGAUGGGCAUCAAUUCAUUGAGUCUGUGAAGGUUGGAAGCACAAAAGUGAAGGGGUUUGACAUUUAUUUACAAAAAAAAAACGUUUUUCAAUCUUGAAAGUGAAUUUAGUCUGUCAUACAUUUUAUUAGAAUUGUGUUCAGACCAAAAAAGUUGGAAUGUUGGAAUCUAUGAGUUACAACAUGAGGUCCAAAAGCUAGCAUAAAAGUCCACCAUUUUAGAUUAGAGAACUCAUAAAGUCAUAAUAGUAGACAAAUAAUAAACAAAUAUGAAAAAUGGCUCAUCUUACCCCUCUCUCUCUCUCUGGUAAAGACUGAAAUCUACUUCAUGUAAAAACCUCUCAGUAGAUGAUAUAAAGCAAACACAUUUUGACCAUCCUUUGAUAUAGAGCUUCUAGUCAUAAAGUAACAUCCAGUCUCAGCAUCAGCUCACAAUGAUCUGUCACCAGCCUAAACUGAUACAGAAAGUCUCUGCUUUCCACUUCUCCAUUAGGUAUUGAGGACCUGUCCACCAAGAGGGAUGAGCUGAACCGUCAGAUCAAGCAGGAGGAAGAGGAGAAGGAGCGGCUGCAGCAUGACAUACGUAUCCUCUCAGAAAAGCUGAACAGAGUCGAGGAGAGCCUGGCGCAAAGACUAGUUGCCCGUGCCACUUUUGAUCGCACCAUUGCGGAGACUGAAGCCGCAUACACCAAGGUGAGGAGGGCCUGGCUAAAUGUCUGUAUUUUCAACAGGUGUGAUGUGCGAAUGACAGGGUUUCGGUCCACUAAAUGUGUAAUUGUGAUUAUAGUUUUGACAAAGGGAGAAGUCAGUUGUGUGUUCCUGGGAACGUUUUAUGCUUAGACAAUCCAGAUGAAGGUUAUAUAAGUGGUUUUAUAAGAUUUUGUUCAAAGAGUGUAAAAACAAAUCUUUCUGUUUAAUGUAAUGUAUAGAGCACUACAUUAAGCCAUGCAUGCAUGUUUCAAAUAGUUAUCCUUGACUUAAGGUAAAGAAAGAUUAAAGGAGAUUUAGUCUAAAAUAAAUAACAAAUUUUCCCAUUAUGUGAUUCAUCUCGGCAGUUGUAGCUUUUAAAGUUGUUUCAUUUGUCAGAGUUUUACAUCCAUACAUCAGUUUUGUGUGCAGGCUAAGAUAGAUGAAGGUGUUAGUGACAAUUGAACAUCGGUUUUGUGUUAUGAAAAAGUUCAUCAAACUUGCGGUGAACCUAGCCUAACAAGUAGUGGAUUCUGUUUUACAAUGUUAAUGCUAAGACGACCACUGAGUUUACAUUGUACUGAAUGUAUAUUUUUACUCAAUUACACAAUACUACAGCCUGAUUCCAAAUAUCAAAGCAUGGUUAAAAAUGGGUAAUACUCAUACAACUUUUGUCAAAUAUAAUAUUUGACUCACACUCUGUGUUUUGGUCUCUUUAGCCGGUGAGGAACCAUUACGUUGUCCUUCUGCUGCAGCUGCACCCCCACUCACUGAUGCUGAACUCCCUGCGCCCUCAUACUAAUCAGAGCAAACAAGCUCUCCAGAGCUGCCCUUAUUAAAAAACAACAUGACAGUCAGCAGUACCGGAGCCUCCUUUAGAUUAUGUUUUUGUAGAGACCUCACUGUAUGUAAUGCAGGCGUUUUCACUUCUUCUAAAACCUGCAGUUCCUCCUGUUUUUUUACAUGAUGUAUAUUUUGUUUCCCCCUAUAGAUCCUGGAGAGUUCUCAGUCUCUUCUGAGCGUCCUGAAGCGAGAGGCAGGAAACCUCAGUAAAGCCACAGAGCCCCGGAGGAAGGAGCAGUAAUGGCGACUGAACACUCAUUUUGACCACAAAAACUCACUUUACUCUGCCGUAAACAAAGGUUAUCCUUCUUUCUGAACUUUUUGUAAUAUAUGUAACAGAUUUAUUGUAAGUUUCUCGUUCAAAUUAAAGUGUGUCUUAUGGCUCAUGAUUGUUUCUCUGAGAACAGGGGACUUCUUUAAACAUUCAUCUUGUGAUUUCAACUCCUAUUUUAUUUUGGACGGGUUAAAAAAAACAAGACCAGUGUUUCAUAUUUUAAAAAUUAAAAGAGGGGAAACUUCAUCAACAUUUGAACUUUAUUAGAAUUUAGUUAUUUUCCAUACUUGGAGUGCUGAUUGAGUUUUGACUCACCUACACUUACCUUCCUUCUCUGUGGAUGUUGGUAAAGUUGUGCCUGAACCCUCUGCUCUGCCCAUGAUAUAAACAACACAGUGUUUCCAUUUGUUCAAGUCUAUUUAUUGAGCUUUCAUUUGUACAAGUAUGACAUCACUUUUUUGUUUCUUUUUUGCCCAAAUCUUUGACAAUAACUUUACAGUAAGCACAUCUGCUGAGAUGUAUAAAUUUACAGACGGAGGGGAAAGUAAUGGAGGAACAGGAUGAAGCUUUUACCACAGAGUUGCUACAGCGUGACCGAUACGACCUGUUCACUUUGCAACAGGAGUUGACAGAUAUGGAAACACUGCAUUAAAGAGGCCACAUGUACACUUAA